AACAAAUUCGCUAUAAUCGUCCAUUGCCAAAUGUCCGCCAAAAACAUUGUUAUUUUUGGAGAGAGCGGCGUCGGGAAAAGCUCCGUCAUCAAUCUCCUCGCAGAGCGCCAGGUCGCUAAGACCUCUCCGGACACCAAACAUUGUACAUUGCGCUAUGAAGCGUAUGAUGUCACCAUUAAAGACGAGCUGUAUCGCAUCUACGAUACUGCCGGGGUCGACGGCAAUCGCAUGAAACCUAGCGGAUUUCUCGACGCAGUCACCAAUGCUGACAAGUUGAUGAGGGAGCUGAGGGAUAAUGGAGGAGUCCAUCUGCUCUUGUACUGCAUCAAGGCAGGCAGGAUACCACCAACGUUCGUCACAAACUACAGGCUAUUCUAUGAAUUUUUCUUCGAGGAGAAGAUACCAGUUGUACUCAUCGUUACUCACCUGGAAAGGGAGGAACCCAUGGACGAUUGGUACACGCGGAACAAGGGAUCAUUCGACCACCAUGCAGUCAAGUGUGUCGAUCAUGCUUGUAUCACUGCAGCGACCAACCUGGAUCAAAGAUACAAGCAGAAGUAUGAAGCAUCCAAAGUAGAAGUAAGGGAACUGAUCACACGGCAUGAGGAUACGGUGGUGGACUGGAACGGAGGAGAUGGGUGGCUUGCCAGGUUCAUCGGAAAGUUGAAAGACCUCUUAACGGGACGUCCAAGCAAGUCGGACGUUUUUGGGGUCCUCACGAAGCGCUGCGGGAUGGAUGAUAACCUAGCGAAAGAAGUGAUCCAAAAACUUAAUAGAUGACAGAAUUUCCACUAUGUUUACUGGUUACGAUAGCUGGACAGAGUAGCUGUUUCAUUAUGACCAUGUAAUUUGACUGGUA